AAUACUGUAAACGCGACCGUUGGGCGUGCCCUUUGCUGUAAAAGGAAUUGCCGGAUCCCUCCAAUCAGCGGUAGCGACUGCCCGCUGGCCCCGCCCUACUAUGCUGACGGACAGCUCCUCCAACCAAUAACGAGGCAGCGUGGAACUGAUCGUAGUACUCUUUCGUCCAACCGUGUCGAGGGGCAGGGAUGCAGGCUGCCGAGGGCAGGGGGAUCUCAGGGGUUAUUAGUGACGUCGGAGAGUCCGGCCAGAGAGCUUCGGUUGAGCAACAUGGCACGUCGCCCGCGUAACAGCCGUGCCUGGCGAUUUGUGCUGAGCGGGGUACGUAGAGACCAGGAUGCCCGGGCACCGCCUCUCCAGACAGGAGACGACACCUGGGGGUAUGACUCUGAUGGACAGAGACACCAGCAAUAUACGAGUCCUGUACAUCCCAGCCACAUGCAGUAUAUAGCUGCUGCACAUCACAGUAGCAGUGAUUCUGAGAUGGAGAUGCUGCACUUUCCUCCCGCUAUCCCCAGUGCCGUGCCGGUGACGGGCGAAUCGUAUUGCAGCUGCGACAGUCAGAACGAUGCCUAUUGCUCCAGCCUGCACACCUUCCAGCAGAUAAAGAACUGCCAGUGCGGAGAGGAGGAUGACUAUUUCGACUGGGUCUGGGAUGACGGAAGUAAAUCCACGGCCACGGUGCUGAGCUGCGACAACCGGAAAGUCAGCUUCCACAUGGAGUACAGCUGUGGCACAGCCGCGAUCCGCGGCACGAAGAUGCUCGCCAAGGGUCAACACUUCUGGGAGAUUAAGAUGACCUCCCCGGUAUACGGCACAGACAUGAUGGUCGGCAUUGGAACAUCCGAUGUGAACCUGGACAAAUACCGCCACACCUUCUGCAGUUUGUUGGGCAAAGAUGCAGAGAGUUGGGGUCUCUCCUACACAGGAUUGCUCCAGCACAAAGGCGACAAAAGCAGCUUCUCCUCCCGCUUCGGCCAGGGGUCAAUCAUCGGGGUGCACCUGGACACCUGGCACGGGGUGCUGACUUUCUACAAGAACAGGAAGUGCAUCGGUGUAGCAGCCACCCAGCUGAGGAAUAAGAAGCUCUUCCCCAUGGUCUGCUCCACAGCCGCUAAAAGCAGCAUGAAAGUAAUCCGGUCAUGUUGCUGCCGUACUUCCCUUCAGUACCUGUGCUGCGCCCGGUUGCGGCAGCUCCUGCCCGACCACGUGGACUCUCUGGCAGCCCUACCUCUCCCUCCUGGUCUUAAGCAAGUGCUGAGUAACAAGUUGGGGUGGGUUUUGCAGAUGGGCAUUACCCCUUCCAGGCAACGGAAGAAUGACACCUCGGCCACGGCCUCCUGCGGAAGCGACUCGGACAGCAGCUGCCCACCCGGGGCCGAGGACUGCCAGCGAAAGCGUUGCCGCAGGAUCUAACAGCAGAUGGCGGCAAGGGGGUGCCCUUGUGUACCCUUUUACCCCCCCCACCUGGCAUUACGUCCCACUGUGAACUUUUGUACAGGACAAAUAAAAUGAGGUCUCUUCUCCAAAGGAAAGAAAUGUUUCAUGAAGGGAAAACAGGAGCUGCUUUCUCGUCCUGUGACUUUGUAAUACCUGGAUGUUGGUGCUAGAGGCGGACAGCUCCAGCCUGGCUUGUUGGUUUGGCGUCAUGCAAACCUUCUGCCUUAGGUGGUGCAAAUGUGGAACAGCUGCCCUCAAACGGUUAUAGUGUAUGCAGCCCUGGAUGUGCUCCGAAUUCUCCGAGUCUGUUAUCAACCAGCAAUGUACCAGGGUCUGUACAGCGGCGGGCCCCUCUUCUGCUGAUGGAGGCAGCCCUGAGGGUCGUACUCAGUCCUUGUCACUCAAUGGCUUCCAUAUGUACUGGCCCAACAUAGGGGAUGUUAUAGGAUGUAGCCCCCUUACAGCCGCUGUGUCCUGAUACUUUAUCGGUUAACAAGUCAGAAGGGAUCUCCCUACCUUAAUAUAGGUGAUCAAAGCUGCUCUCAGUGCUGUGUCCUACAUCAAUGCUGGAGAAUCAAUGUGGAGGGGCAACUGGAUGCUGUCUCGUUCAGGAACGGUUAAGGCAACAGUUAUAUAAUGUAUCUGAAUCGGUUUCCUAUAUGGGAGUCUUUAGACAGCGUUCGUAGGUGAUGCAGUGAGCUGAAGGGGUCUGGUCUGCGGGGUAUAUGUAAAAUGUAAAGAGAAAAUAUAGCGUGGAUUACAGAACCUAGGCACACAUCCUUUCCCCCACACCAGUAACAUCAGUGGGAUUGUCCUCCCUGGGCUCUGUAUAACUGUAUUUAUUUUCUUUCACUGGUUUUCUGAUGAUCAUUCUAUUUGUGCUGUGUGAGCCACACAAGGGGUAAUCUUACUGCUAGCUGGGUGCGGUGGGAGUGGCAGCCAGCGGGUGUGUGGUCACGGAAGGUGGGAGUGAUCGUACUGGCAUCCAGCUGGCGGGUGGUCACGGGAGGUAGGAGUGAUACUGCAGGCAGUCAGCGGGCGUGUGGUCGCGGGAGAUAGGAGUGAUCCUACAGGCAGUCAGCGGGCGUGUGGUUGCGGGAGGUAGGAGUGAUCCUACUGGCAGCCGGCUGGUCCAUGGUACUGGGUGGCAGCUGGUAUGUUGCGUUCACGAAUAGUAGUAGUCGUCCUACCCGCAAACGCUUGAUACAUGUGAUCACUCUGCUUUUCUAGUUUACCACUCUGCCCAGAGAAGACCUGUAGCAGAUAAGACUAUUACCACCAAAUACCUUCGGGAUCGGAGACCGGCUCCCUGUAGUGACGACUGUCUGUAAGAGAACGCCAUAAAGCCAAAUGCAACGCUGGUGAAUAAUAGAAUGACUCCAAAUAUUGACUGUGUAGGAACUAAUUCCACCUAGUUUGUGUGCUGUUUGCGGUGGCCGAGUAGCUCAUUCAUUUACUUCUCACAAAUUAGAUUGGUCCUAAUCCGUUCCACCCUACGUGCACGCGGCUAUCAGCCAUUACUGUACUUUAAUUUAAGUAGCUGUACGUGUCUGAAUGAAGCAAUAUACUAUGGCGGAAUGCAGGAUAAGAACUUUGUAUAAGCGGGGUUGAGUUUUAUAUUCUAAUUUGUCUCAAUCAUUUAAGCAUAAAUUAGUAGCAGAUCUUCCAGUGAUCAGAGAAAGUCCAGCUUUGCUAUUACAGUCAUGGGCGGCCAAUACAGGCGCUUUUAUUGUGACUUGUCACUAAACGUCCUUUGCUUUGAUGUUCUCGUACCAUCUCUGAGCCUGGCACUCAUCGCCCAAACCUGUUCUAGGCACACACUGACAGGGUGCUGGUCUCACGGAGUCUUGGGUGCCCAUACAUCGAUCUAUAGUAAGGAUGUUAUUUCCGUUACUUUAUAAGGUUCCUCCCCGGGGAAAUCUGAGGCUUUCCAGGCUAUAUGCACAGCUGUGAGAACUAGGUACGGGUGGGCCCUGCUUAUCAGAGAUUACACUCUGUUGGGUAAAGCUCGGACACAUACAUGGUCUGUAGGAAGCAUGAAACCGACAUGCACCAAGUACCGACAAUACAUGGAUCCAAGGUGAGCAAUCCAGAAAACCUGUUCAGCAACGCAGGUAUUGGUUAUAAUGUAAUCUAUAUAAGCAACAACAACAAAAAACAGUCUGUGAAUUUUAUAGAGUGUAGAACUUUUAAUUUUGUAUUCCUGUUGUAUUAAGUCUUAGCUUCCCCACCAAGGGGAUGAUGCUGAAUUGGGCGAAUGUCCGUCUGUGGAACCUACGUCUGCAUUCAGACACUUGUGAAUGGGGAGGGAAAGGUCGUGUAUGUAUAAUUGGCCUGUCAUCCACUGCAUUCGCUGGGCCUGAGUGUACUGAUAAUGGUCGUAGCGCUAGAUAUUGGCGUCUGAUGGCGGAUUCACCCCUGUAGCGUUUGUGAAUGACGUGCAUAUAAUAUGUCAUUUUGUGGGAGAAAGGUUUUUUGCUACUUACAUUCAGAUGCCUGAAUGAGUAUUAAUGCUGCUGCAUUUUUGUUUUAUUAUUUAUUUAAAGGCAGCUUAAUCGUGAAUCCGUGCUCACCCUUUAAGACAAAUAGUCUUUUCUUGUGCCUGACUGGGUGUAAGCGUGUCUGGGUGGUAGUAUGCCCAUACCUUAGCCUAUGGCAUACAUAUGCUAUUUUCAGGUGCAUAUUUAUAGACAUGAUUUUUUUAAAGCACACGGCUAAUUCUGCCGGAACACCAACGCGUUUCGCUCCUUCACACGACCUCCUCCUUCCCUUAUAGACACUCGGUGACACACUGACACGCACAAGCGAUACUGCCGUGUCCACACACACAAUACAGAGCAGACAACAGAACAGCCUAGUUCAUAGCUGCAAUUUUACAUUUGUCUUUCUGUAAUUCAUUCAUUGCUCUUUAUAUUGGUGUAAAAAAAAAAAAAAAAAAUCUCUUUGAGACGGAAAAUGUAAUGUGUGCAAAAACAUGGCCAGAUGUGUACAGAUAAAGAUCUCUUAUUUAAA